UGGUAGGAUCGGAGAAGCUUAAAUGGGGCGGGAGUCGAAAACAAUUAUAGCCCCCGACGAGUUUGUCGCAAGCUGAGUGAGAGGCUCCACGAGCGGCUGGAGAAGAAAAUCCCGGGGAUGAGGUUUCAAUGUCGUACAAGACGAAGAAAAGGGAAACUCGCGUGGGAAAAGCUGCUUCUCUCCUUUGAGAUUUGGUGUUUAUGCGCGUAUGUAUGUAUGCGUGCGUAUUAUCGACCGGGAUCAAUGUGGGGGGACCACAAUGACAGAGAGAACGUGAAGUGGAAGGAGGAGGAAAGCGAAGGAGUGAGUUACUCUGCCACUUUGGUCGCUGCCGUGGAAUGCAGGAAUGUGGUGUCGGAUCGGAUCCCGGAGAAAAAAAAAAGAAGGGAUUUGACUCGUGGGUGGUGAUCUUUAAGAAUGAUAAUAAUAAUGAUGAUUAUUAUCGGUCAGAUGGUGCUGUGUCAGAUUUGGUCUGCAAUGUCAUGUAAUGCAAUGCACUACAGUAUGCGUGUCUGUCUCUUGCCCUCGGACUCCGUCGGUGAUGAGUAGUCAGAGGGAAGCCGUUAUCGGUCGGAUGA